GGUGACGGAAAUACCCUUGGCAGCACUGUAAUGUUUGUAUCGUUGGAACAAUAGAGAAGCGAUGUGUUAUUUACGUGCAAAUGGAAAGAUUAUCUAGAACGCGUAUGAAAUGAUGGCUGGCUUUACGGAGUCGGCAUUAUCUAAGAAACUUGCAGACCUUAACAGUUCGCAGCAAAGCAUACAAACUCUCUCCCUGUGGUUAAUUCAUCACCGAAAACACCAUGCCGCAAUUGUGAAAGUAUGGUUCAAAGAUUUUCUAAAAAGCAACGCGAAUAGGAAGCUGACCUUUAUGUAUCUAGCGAAUGAUGUUAUUCAAAAUAGCAAGAGAAAAGGCCCUGAGUUUGGGAAGGAGUUUGGAAGUGUUCUCAAAAAGGCCUUCGAACAUUUUUCUCUUCCUGAAUGUGACGAAAAAACGAUUAGGAACCUCAAUCGAAUACUACAAGUUUGGGAAGAAAGAGGUGUUUAUGAUAGCAAGAUGAUAAAAGAAUUCAAGAAAGCUCUGGAACCACCGGAUAGAGAGCCAACUCCACCAAAGAAGAAAGUGAAGUUAACACCAAGUUUUGUGCCUGAAGUGGAAAAGCCAACUAAGAAGGAGAAAACAAUAAAAGUGAAAGUUGUGCCUAGGGAGCAUAAAAAGUCAGAAACAGAAGUUGAAGUAGAUGGGACUAAAGAGUUACACGUUACCCUAUCACCACAUACACCAUCUGGAGAUCCUCCGGAACCGGAGGAGCUUAUAAAAGCUCUCAUGGAACUAGAGAACUCUGCUUCAAGCGAUGCAGCUGUAAGGGAGAGAAUAGCUAGUCUGCCACCAGAAGUUUCUGAAGUUUCGCUUUUGAAUAAAUUAGAAGAUAAAGCAACAGCGGAGAAACUAGCAGUACAAGUCAAUGAAGCUGUACAGUUACUACUAGAAUAUAACAGUCGCCUUGCAGCUGAAAUGGAAGACCGAAAGAAAGUUUCCUCAAUGAUGAGAGAUUUUAUUCAGGCUCAGAGAGAACUCUAUGCACAAGCUGAACAGAGGUUAGAGGAAUACAAAGAGAAACUACAGAAGGUGUAUGUUGUACGUCAGGAGAUAAAGUCUCACAUUCAGAAUCUCCCAGACUUGACUCAACUGCCUGAUGUGACAGGAGGGCUGGCCCCUCUACCAUCUGCAGGAGAUCUUUUUAGUUUGCACUGACUACUUUUUUUUCUUUCAAGAAGACUGCUAUGUAUAUAGAUCAUGUAUAUAGAAAAUUACCAAAUAUUGUUAUAUGCUUUUACAUGUGUUCUCUUGAAGCUGCAUUUUUCUUUUGUUUUUGUUUUUAAAAAAUAUAUAUAUAAUAGACACUGAACAUAAUGCUUGUCAACUAUAUUGUUUCAAGAGUAUGUAGCAUUUAAUUAUCACAGUUUCAUGUGUUAGCUGUCUCUUGUGGAGCACUUUGGAACAUUACAAAGUAGCUUUCAUUGUGAAGCACCAAUUUUUAUUUUAUUUUUGUUGUUAAGAAAAACACCUUGCUUGCAAUCCAGUUGCCUGUUUGUUCAUGCAGGUAGCAUGAAUAUGUUUCGAUUAUGUAGAUAAAAAGCCAGUAACCCACCCUACUUACAAUGAUUGUUGUUGUAUACUGAAAUGUGUUAGUAAAUUUAUUGUUGACCAAUCUGAUUUAUUGCUGUUAUUACCUAAAAAAAUUUCAAGUUCAAAUUUUCUUUUAUUUAUUUUUUCACAUGUCUAAAACAAAAGGUCACAUUCUUAGUCAUGACAGCUGAUAUUAAACAGAAAGGUACCCCCCCCCCCCCCCCCCCCCAAUACUCCUUCCCUCCCCCCUCUGAUUCUGAGGAGACCAUGCAAAAAAAAAAAAAAGGCUCAUUUCUGUGAACCGAACCUGUUAUAAGAAGUAAAUUGCAUGACUUGACAUAUGUUUGCUGUAUUAUUCCAACAGCACAUUUCAAUAACUGUGGCAAGUUAUUCUCAACAUGGUUUUAUAUUUAUACUCUUUCAUCUAUCUUUUAAUGCUGCACACACUUCCUGAAAGAACUGCAGUAAAAUUUCUAUCCUUCCAUUAAAAUGCUUUUAUUGGGUAUUUAAAACUCACAGCUAUACUUUUAUCUGCAUAUUUGGUCAUUUAUAAUAUUUGGGGAUUAACAGAGAGAAUUCUUGCUUUUUCAUGGUUUAAUAUUCUUUGCUAGACAAGUGCUGAAUUUACUGCUUGUGUAACAAAAUCUUAAUAAUUCCUAAAUUACACAAGCUGUGUGUAUAUGUGAGUGUGUGUAACAUUUAGCUCGCAACAUGACAAUAACACCAAACACCAUUUUUAAAUCUGAGUCCUUCUCAGAUGCACAAAUGUUUACACGGAUGAACAAUUGUAUUUAUUGUGGAAUCUGUAUUAGUUCAUGUAAAAAAAAAAAAAAAGAAAAGAAAAAAGUUCUGGGUUACGCAUUCUUUUUGCUAAACUUUGAGUGCUGUAACAUUCAGAAUUCUUGCAGCCUGACAAAGCAGAAUCAGAAUUUUGCUAUUCGUAAUAAAUGAUAAUAUGAAUUUGCUUUCAAGAAAUGCAUUAUACAGUAUUCAGUGAUAUAGUUUUAAUAUUUGGAAAGUGCAGUUUGUAAAUAUUGCAGAAUAAACUUUUGUCAAUAAAAUAUUAGGCUCAGUACCCUCAA